AUGGUGAGCCGCCGCCGAACCCCCCCGCACCAUGCCCCGGCCCCGGCCCCCGAGAGGAUGUUCGAGGGCUGCCGGAGGGCGCGGAGCCUCUGGGGCGGUGUGAGGCUGGAGGUGGCCGGGGAGAGCAGCCCCGUGGUGCUGCACAGCUUCACCCAGCUCGACCCCGACCUGCCGCCUCUGGAGAGCUCCACACAGGAGAUUGGAGAAGAGCUGGAGGAUGGUGUGAUCUACAGCAUAUCUCUCCGGAAAGUGCAGCUCCAUCACACAGCCAACAAAGGGCAGCGAUGGCUGGGGUUUGAGAACGAGUCAGCCCUGAACCUCUACGAGACGUGUAAGGUGCGGACAAUAAAAGCUGGGACUUUGGAGAAGCUGGUGGAGUACCUGGUCUCAGCCUUCAAAGGCAAUGACUCCACCUAUGUCACCAUCUUCCUGUGCACUUACCGGGCCUUUGCCACCACCAAGCAAGUGCUGGACCUGCUGCUUAACAGGUAUGGCAAACUCCACGUGCAGGCGAAUGGGGACCACGCCAGGCAUGCUGUGGAUGAGAGGAUGGAGCUGAAGAACACCAUCUCCUCCAUCCUGGGUGCCUGGUUGGACCAGUACUCCGAGGACUUCCGCAAGCCCCCCGACUUCACCUGCCUCAAGCAGCUCAUCUCCUACGUGCGCAACAACAUUCCCGGAUCCGACCUGGAGCGCCGAGCCCGCAUCCUGCUGGCCCAGUUCCAACAGCAGGAGCAGAGCGAGUCCGAAGCAGAAGCCGUGGACCAUGGCAGUUGCACUUUCCAGUUGGUGGAGGAGAAUGGGCUUGGGGAUGGGAAGCCAGAUUUCCUCUCCUUCUCCCCAGAGAUGGUGGCAGAACAGUUCACACUGAUGGAUGCUGAGCUGUUCAAGAAGGUGGUGCCUUACCACUGCCUGGGCUGCAUCUGGUCCCAGCGAGACAAGAAGGGCAAGGAGCACCUGGCACCCACCAUCCGUGCCACAGUCUCACAGUUCAAUAGUGUGGCCAACUGUGUCAUUGCCACCUGUCUUGGGGACAGGAGCCUGAAGCCACAGCAGAGAGCCAAAGUGGUGGAGCGAUGGAUCGAAGUGGCUCGGGAGUGCCGCAUCCUGAAGAACUUCUCCUCCCUCCGAGCCAUCCUCUCAGCUCUGCAGUGCAACGCUGUUCAUCGCCUGAAGAAGACCUGGGAUGAAGUCCUGAGGGAAAGCUUCCGGACAUUCCAUGAGCUCUCUGAGAUCUUCUCUGAUGAGAACAACCACUCACUGAGCCGGGAGCUUCUCAUCAAGGAGGGCACAUCCAAAUUUGCCACCUUGGAGAUCAACCCGAAGCGGGCACAGAAGCGGCAGCAGCAGCAGCGAGAGAUGGGUGUGAUGCAGGGCACCAUUCCUUACCUUGGCACCUUCCUCACAGACUUGGUGAUGCUCGACACAGCCAUGAAGGACUUCCUGGACGGUGGGCUGAUCAACUUUGAGAAGAGAAGGAAGGAGUUUGAAGUCAUUGCUCAGAUCAAGCUGCUUCAGUCAGCCUGCAACAACUACAGCUUUACACAGGAGGACCAGUUCGUGGACUGGUUCCACAGCCUGGAGAGGCUCAGCGAGGCCGAGAGCUAUGGACUGUCCUGUGAGAUCGAGCCCCUCUCCGAGUCAGCCAGCAACACGUUGAAGGCCAAGAAAAACACAGGAAUCAUCAAGCGAUGGAGCGACCGGCAGCCUCCCAGCUCCGAGCCCUGUGCCAGCGGCAGCUCCCACUCCAAAUCCUUCGACCAGCUCAAGUGUGGGCAGUACCUCUGCAGCGGGGACGCCACCGACUCCCUCAGCGUCACCUCCGCCGGCUCCAGCAGCUCUGAUGUGGAGGAGAUCAACAUCAGCUUCAUCCCCGAGUCCCCCGACUGCCAGGAGAAGAAGGUCAGUGAGAUCCCUCUGGCCUCCCUCCCCCAGCGCUGGUACGCCCCGUCUGUGGCCGACGGAGAAGCUAAAACCACUGUGUCCUCCUCCGCAUCCCCUCUCCUCCCUGCCCUCCAGUUCUGGGAAUCCACCUCCCUCUCCUCCCUGGACACAUCGGGCAUCGGGUCGGGCUCCAGCAGUGCCUCUUCCUCCUCUGUCUCCUCCACGCCGGUGACGGCGUCCCGUACCCACAAGCGCUCCGUCUCCGGCAUCUCCAGCUACUCCUCCCUCUCGCUUCCCCUCUACAACCAGCAGGUCGACGACUGCUGCAUCAUCCGGGUCAGCCUGGCCGUGGACAACGGGAACAUGUACAAGAGCAUCCUGGUGACGAGUCAGGAUAAGACCCCUGUUGUUAUCCGCAAAGCCAUGGCCAAACACAACUUGGAUGGAGACCGGCCUGAGGACUACGAGCUCGUUCAGAUCAUCUCAGAGGAGAGAGAGCUGAAGAUCCCUGACAACGCCAACGUCUUCUACGCCAUGAACUCUGCCGCCAACUAUGACUUUGUGCUGAAGAAGAGGGGCUUCUCCAAGGGGGUGAAGAUCAAGCACGGCUCCAGCUCCACCCUGCCCAGGAUGAAGCAGAAAGGCCUGAAGAUCGCCAAAGGCAUCUUCUAGCCACAGCCCCACUGCCACCCAUCACCGACGGGGCCUUGGGGGGCAGGUUGCUCUGGGCUGGGCUGUGUCCUGUCCUUGUGCCACCCGGCACAGUGAGUGGAGCAGCCCUGGCCCUGGGGGGGGGAGGUGGCCGUGCACCCCCCUCCUGCACCGAGAGCCACGGGUGCUUCAGCAGCCACUGCCGACCCCCACCUCUCCCUGCACAAGCUCCCAUUUCAAUCAGGUCGUUUUUUUCUACACAGGAAGGCAGCGAGGGAGGAAUUUCUCCUUUUUUUUUUUUUUUUUUUUUCUUUUUUUCUUUCCUUCUUUUUUUUUUUUUCCCCCUUUUCUCUUUUUUUUAUUUGAACCUUCCAUGGUGCAACACUUGUCCAGCCACCGGCCAGCCCAGGGCUGGAGUCCACCUCUGCCGUAGGUGCCUUGUGUCCGAGCCAGCUGGGGAGCAGUGACUUGCAGAGGGGCCACUUGCAAGGAGCAGAUCAUGAGCCGUCACUCCAGGGCUGCAAAGCCUCCCACGUGGUGGGGUGCUCUCCUUCCUGGAUUUCCUGGUGGUGUUUUACCUCCCUGUCCUUCCUCCUUGGGAUAACUGGCAUCGCCACCGCUGCACAUCUUUGCCUGUCCUUUCUCCUGGGAGAAACCACGGAUGUCCCAGGUUGGGAGGUGAGCUGGAAAGGAUGGAGUCCUGCCCCAGUGCUCAGAGCCCCAUGGAGGAGAGUUUUGUGCUGGGAUAGACCAGACCCCUCGUGCUCUUGAUGACUGGAAGCCCUGCAUGGUCUUGCUCCUCUCCCUGAUCCAGCACAUCCUCCUGCUGGGCUUGGGUGGUCCGUGUUCAAACCUGCACCAAAGAUCAAACACCAGUGUCUCUUCUGCUGGGGGGCAGCUUUGUGCCAUGCCCCCAGUGCUGCCAGCCCAGCGAGGAGGAAGAGGGUGAAGUUCUGCCUGAACUUGUGUAAAAAGAGACUCUGGGUUUGUGCAGGCGGGUGAGGAGCUGGGGACCUCCUGAGGAUGCUCCGGGUGCCCCGGCUGCCACCGCCUGACCCACAGGAAGUGCCACUCACCUUGGGCUUUAACCAGACUUCUGCAAACAUUGACCAUGGGAGAAGGAGCAAGGAGACUUUUUUUGUAUAAAACAAAAGUUUACUGAAUUUUUUUCUUUUUUUUCCUCUUUUUUUUUUUUUUUUUUUUUUUUUUUUUUUUUUUUUCUUCAAUAUUUAUUGGUUGUAAAUAGGAGAUGAACUUGUACAUUUUACUAAUCCAGCCUCCCUCUGCCCUGCAGCCCAGUCCCUCUCCUUUCCCCACCCUGGUAUUUAAGGCUGCUGAGAGGGAUGUUGGCAGCAGCAGCAGCAUUGCUCUGCCAUGGUUGUGAGGUGCAGACCCCGCCAGCCACCCCCUCCCUUCUUUCUCUCCCACGAGUUGCUUCAGCAGGGGCAGAAAUGCUUGUUUUAAUCAUUGUAGGAAACACUAACUGAAGAGGGACCUUUUUUAGCUCCUGAUUCCAGGUCUUUUUUAAGCGCUUCCUUACAGCACUCCUCUCUUCCUCUGUCCACGCUGGGUGGGUGCAGCACCUUCCCCAGCUCCUGGAGCAGGGCCUGGGCGGCCCCUGGGACUGCAGAAUUGCUGCAGGGCCACGCUCGGGGGGCUGCUGGCAGGAGCUGGGCUGUGGGCAGCAGGCAGGGAAGAGGCUGCUUGGGUGAGAGAGUGGCCAGCACCCACCCAGCUGUCCCAGGGCCGUGUCCCCACGGGUGGCAUCGCCCAUCGCUGCACAUGAUGGGAGCCCCCGGCUCCCUGACGCAGGGGCAGCCUCUGCCCUCCCACUCUGCCCAAAGCCCAAACCAGGGUCUUGCCUCUGCUCCCACCCUCCCUCUCUCCUCCUGCUGGUGUCCCCCCAGCAGCCCAGUGUCACCCGAGGGACUGGCUGUACCAUAUGUAUUUUGUACCACUUCAAUGAAGGAGCACACUGCCCGGUGUGACUUGUACACAGCAAUGUAAGUAGUCUUUGCAAUAAAAUCCUGAUGCUCAAA